GUGUGUGCGUGCGUGUGUGUGUAAGGACCGGCUAUCGUAGAGCGAGCCUCGUGGCAGAGGGGGAUAUUGUAUUGUUGACGUAAGGGGCCUCGUGGUGGCGGAGGUAUUGUGGUGCCGUAGCGGUGGUGGCGCGGGUGUCCAGGAAGUAUCUGGCAAGGUCCACCGGAGCACCGCCCCUUGCCUGGCUGGCUGGCUGGCUGCCUGGCUGGCUGGCUGGCUUGCAGGGAGGCUGGCCAUAGUGACGUCACGCUGCCCGCGCAGGAGGAGGCAGUGUGCGCGAGCUGGACACUCGCUGCCACCUCCACCACACCACCACCUCCACGCUCACAGCUCCCUGCCUCUCAUUUUCAUAUUCGAUUUGUGCCGCGUGUGUUUAAACUGCUCUCGCGCCCCCAUCACUCAGAUCGCGGCGGCCAGUCCUGCACGCAGCCUGCGCUCGCUCCCACGCGGUGACCCAACGCACCUCCUCCAACAAUCCUCCAACGCGGCUCCCCGCCAAUAGAAUUCUUCGUCAGUACUCCAGCAGCGUCCUCCGACAGCGUCCUCUCCGCGGGGCUGGGACGAGGGCCCAGCACCACCACCACCUUCGCUGUUUUAGCGGAUGUGACGAUGCUCUCAGCCAUGGAGACAGCUGUCAAGUGUGAAGUCGAUCUUCCCCUCAACCUCAAGACUCAUGUACGUAUGCCAGACCACAGCCCCGUACACCAUAGGUACCUGCUCCCGUACUCCAGCCUAAAGUACGACCCACGAGCGGCCCUAGACUCUAUGGACCCACCGCCACCGCCGUUCGGAUCGUCGCCGCAGCCGCAGUCGCCGCCGUUGUCGCAGGUGCCCGAACACCUGUUGUUGGCCGUUAACAGUAUCACCAGCGCCGCCUCUGGCCUCGCCAACGCCAGUAUCACCAGUACCACCAAUCCUGCAACUCCUUCCCCCGUCAAUGCCGUCAACGGAGGCGGCACCCACAAUGGAGGACCCACCCAUAACGGCGGGCCCACCCACAAUGGUGGGCCCACCCAUAAUGGCGGGCCCACCCACAACGGCGGGCCCACCCACAACGGUGGGCCCACCCACAACGGUGGGCCUACCCACAACGGCGGGCCCACCCACAACGGCGGGCCCACCCACAACGGCGGGCCCACCCACGGGGGUGGAGGAGUUAAUAGCCAUGGAGGAACCACCACACCCCCCGCCCACACGCCCAAUAACUGCGGAGCCCAGCAGCAGCAGCAACAACAACAACAACAACAACAACAACAACAGCAACAGCAGCAACAACAGCAGCAGCAGCAGCAACAACAACAGCAACAACAACAGCAACAACAGCAGCAACAACAGCAACAACAGCAACAGCAACAACAACAGCAGCAGCAACAACAGCACUUGGGCUGCCACGGCAACGGGGGCAACACUUGCAGUGGGAACAACGGCGGCCACAACCACAGCAACGGCGGUCACAGUAUCUGUCCGGGCCCCCACACGCCUACCUCCAUCGCCCCGCCCACAGGAUUCAACGAGCACAGCGGACAUCCUGCGCCGUCGCCAUUCUCGACAGCCAAUGGAGUAUUUCCUCGAAAGAGUCCACCAGUGAGCACCCAGAAUCCCAAUCAUAUGACGAGUCACGUGACAACCCUCCCUUCAUCCAUUGGUCGUCUCACGCUGGGUCUGGCCAGCCACUACGCACCUUCGCCAAUACCCGAACAAGAAGAAAUACAGUCACCUGUAAGCUCCGUCCCGAGCUGUUGGCAUUGCGUAUUUUCCAGUCACAACGGUGGCGUGUCUCCUCCACCAUCACCACCUACAGCAGCGUCACCAGCACCCACCAUGGCGCCGGGACACGGGGCGUCGAGCCCUGGGGCGGGCUUGGCUAGCCUCCACCACGCCAUCCACGGCCUCCACAACCUCCACAAUCUCCACAACCUCCAGAACUUCCACAAUUUGCAGCAGAACCUGCAGACGCAGAUGGCAGCACUAGCCGGCCUUCAGGGAGGUCUGGGAGUUCCCGGCGUCGGGUCCCUACUCCACCCUCACCUAGCACAGCAUAACCCAGCUGCGGCGGCGGCGGCGGCGGCGGCGGCGGCGACGGUAGCGACGGCGGCGCCGCCUCCUCCAGGAGGAAUCAACAACACAGCGGCAGCCAAUAAUGCUUCGACGGUCCCUCAGAUGGUGUUGACCUCCGGCCACGUGACCCAGGGGGUCCAGGGGGCUCAGCUCCUCGUCCCCACCUCCCAGGGCAUCGCGGUGCAGCCAAUCCUAACCAUACCUCUGGGUCAGGCUGGGGUCCAAGGCUCCUCGCUGAUGAACCCUCUCGUUCCUCUCCAUCACCUACAACAACCGGGGCCACACCCCCAACACACAGGUUCUACUAACUCCUCACCGCUGCCGCCUUCCUCUUCCUCAAACUCCUCCUCCUCCUCUUCCUCUUCUUCCACCGCGGCAGCCCCUCACCCCCUCCUGGGUCUCGCUGGCCUCCCUCCCUCCCUUUUUCACGCCCACCACGCCCACAACAACAACAACAACAACAACAGUAACAACAACAAUAACAACAACAUGAGCGGGGACAACAAGCCUAAACUACCGUUGCCCCUGUCUUCUCCUGUCACAGACCCUGUGGGCGGCCUGGCUAGCAGACUGGGCGGUCACUAUCCAGCACCGCCCCCGCCGCCCACUGCCAGAUACUCGCCCGACUUCCUCGACAACCACAGUCCCCCCUUGGCACCCUCCCCUACAGACCAGCCCACCAUCAGCCAGUCGACGGGCAACCUAGUGGACGGUGUCAACCUGGACGAGAUCAAGGAGUUCGCCAAGGCCUUCAAGAUCCGGAGACUUUCCAUGGGACUGACCCAAACACAGGUGGGCCAAGCCUUGAGCAUCACCGAGGGCCCAGCUUAUUCCCAGUCGGCCAUCUGCAGGUUUGAAAAACUAGACAUCACGCCAAAAAGUGCACAAAAGAUCAAGCCAGUUCUAGAGCGAUGGAUGCAGGAAGCGGAGGACAGGUACAAGAACGGCCAACACACGCUGACGGAGUUCAUGGGCUCCGAACCCACGAAGAAGAGGAAACGACGCACCAGUUUCACCCCGCAGGCUCUCGAGGUCCUCAACGCGCACUUCGAAAGGAAUACACACCCUUCUGGUGCAGAGAUCACGGCCCUGGCAGAGCAGCUAGGAUACGAACGGGAGGUGGUAAGGAUCUGGUUUUGUAACAAGCGUCAAGCACUCAAGAACACCGUCCGCAUGAUGGCCAAGACCAGCCCCACUGCCCCUCCUCCACCACCACCAACUCAUCCAAGUAUAAAUUAGAUGUUGACAACAAGCUUACUAGAUGUUUCUCCUACGAGGGUGAUUUAUGAGCCCUUAGGCACCGCCAGCUGCCAUCUUGAAGUACCUAGAUAACAGUGAUUCUGACACUCUGAAGCUUGGCUUCUGAAACAAAGCAGCUAGUCCACACUACUCUCAUCCAGUCUUAUUUUCGUGGCUGAAAGUGAUGGCUCGGUUGAACAUUUUAGAGUCUAGUGGAACACAUUCGCGUAAGUGACAAACUUUCCGGCAUUUUAAACUCGCUCAGUAAGCAACGCCGAACAUACGAUGAGCUUCAUAAGCUCUCUGCCACAGGCAGCAAUAGCCUGUUGUGGAGUCCAGAACUUAGCUGCUGAUCAGAAACAACAAACAAGCCCAUGCAAACGCUCGAGUGUGUGUUGUGUGUUUUAAGAAACUGAAGAAAAAGUAAGUUAUAAGCCUUAUAGGUAUAUUGUUUGAAAUGCAAGUGUUGAAAAAAAAAAAAUUAGUAAAUAUACCUGUACAAAUUUUUGAAGUAAGAUGUGAGAAAAGCAUUUUCCUGCUCGCAUACAUUUACUGUAUUAUUUAUGAAACUCGUUUAGAUUGCUUUAGAAAUGAAAAGAAGCCAAAAGCAUAAAAUUGCCUUGAAAUGACAACUAGAAAUGACAUUAUGAAUGCUAGCUUAGUGGCUUCAGGCUUCACUCAGCCUCUAAAGUGAUGUAUAACCAUUCCCAAGGUGCUGGAAACUUUGUGUGUAUG